CGUCCGUACUGCAAGAUGGCUGCUCGGACGGGUAACCAGCCCGCCUCUACCGCCUCGACAACUGCUCCUGGGUCUUCUAAGAGGAGGAAGCGCCACCCAUGGCACGCAGUGUCCCGUCGGCCCGGCCGUACGCCAAAAUGGCGGCUCCCGCGUAUUUCCGGUCGCGCGCCGUAUCAUCUUCGCCGCCUGCGCCCGCGCCCCGAUUGGCCCCCGCGGCGUCCCGUCGCCGCGUCGCGCUGCGGGCCCGUCGGAGCGACGCCGCUCAGGUCAGUCGGCGGCCGGACAGGAAAGAUGGACGCAGCUACUCUGACCUACGACACUCUCCGGUUUGCCGAGUUUGAAGAUUUCCCUGAGACCUCAGAGCCCGUUUGGAUACUGGGUAGAAAAUACAGCAUUUUCACAGAAAAGGACGAGAUCUUGUCUGAUGUGGCAUCUAGACUUUGGUUUACAUACAGGAAAAACUUUCCAGCCAUUGGGGGGACAGGCCCCACCUCGGACACAGGCUGGGGCUGCAUGCUGCGGUGUGGACAGAUGAUCUUUGCCCAAGCCCUGGUGUGCCGGCACCUAGGCCGAGAUUGGAGGUGGACACAAAGGAAGAGGCAGCCGGACAGCUAUUUCAGCGUCCUCAACGCAUUCAUCGACAGGAAGGACAGUUGCUACUCCAUUCACCAGAUAGCGCAAAUGGGAGUUGGCGAAGGCAAGUCCAUAGGCCAGUGGUACGGGCCGAACACUGUUGCCCAGGUCCUCAAGAAGCUUGCUGUCUUCGACACGUGGAGCUCCUUGGCGGUCCACAUAGCAAUGGACAACACUGUUGUGAUGGAGGAAAUCAGAAGGUUGUGCAGGAGCAGCACUCCCUGUGCAGGCGCCACUGCGUUUCCUGCAGACACCGAUGCCAACCGGCAUUGCAACGGAUUCCCUGCUGGAGCUGAGGUCACCAGCAGGCCGUCGCCAUGGAGACCACUGGUGCUUCUCAUCCCCCUGCGCCUGGGGCUCACAGACAUCAACGAGGCCUACGUGGAGACGCUGAAGCACUGCUUCAUGAUGCCGCAGUCCCUGGGCGUCAUCGGAGGGAAGCCCAACAGCGCCCACUACUUCAUUGGCUAUGUCGGUGAGGAGCUCAUCUACUUGGACCCGCACACCACGCAGCCAGCCGUGGAGCCCACCGACAGCUGCUUCAUCCCGGACCAGAGCUUCCACUGCCAGCACCCGCCGUGCCGCAUGAGCAUCGCCGAGCUCGACCCGUCCAUCGCUGUGGGGUUUUUCUGUAAAACUGAAGACGACUUCAAUGACUGGUGCCAGCAAGUUAAAAAGCUGUCUCUGCUCGGAGGUGCCCUGCCCAUGUUUGAGCUGGUGGAGCAGCAGCCUUCACACUUGGCCUGCCCCGACGUCCUGAACCUGUCCCUAGAUUCUUCUGAUGUAGAGCGACUGGAAAGAUUCUUUGACUCAGAAGAUGAAGACUUUGAAAUCCUGUCCCUUUGAAAAUCCUGGGGUCGGGGGUUGGCGCCUGCGAGAGCCGGGCCCUGUCUCGGGUUCUGUCCAUCCCGCCUGCUCGCUUGCCGAGGGCCGCGCCCCGUGCCGCCUCCCCCGGGGGCUGCCUGCUCUGCUCGUGGACUGAGGCUGCGCUGCCUGCGAGGCCUUACUGCUUGGUGUCAGGCUGCCCAGCCCAGAAUGCCUGUCCGGGCCUGUGCAUCCGCACCCGGAGCCGACGGUUAGGAGCUUCCAGAGCGUUCUCGACACUGCCAGCCCCGCGCUUGCACCUGGGCCUCAGUCUCACUUGCUCCCAGGCACCAGUUCUGUGGUUGGUUUGGAAUUAAAGUCCUGUUUGAAGUUGUCAGGCACAGACAUGAAUUUCUGGGGCACCUCCUGAGUCCGAGUCUCAGAAGACUCUCUGCAGGCUGGUGUGAGAGGAGCGACAGCCACGCUGUGGCCCCAGGCCCGAGGACUGGGCUGCUCUCGAGGGGGGUGCCCACGGCUGUGUCCUCUCUGCCCAGCCUGGCUUAUCAAGGGCUACCUCAGUGGGAGGUGAGGUUGGAGGAACAGAGGCAAGGCUUCUCCUUGCUUUAGGGAGAACAGUGUUCAGGGAGUGGGUGUAUGGGAAACCCAAAGACAUGGAUGUGCACAGGGCGUGGCGUGGGCAGCCUGGGCAGAAGGGCGGCUGCUGGGGCCGCUGUCCUCAGAGCGUCCCUUUCAAGGGCUGUGGUAUCCUGUGGCGCAGCUGCGGCUGAUUUCCCCAGGGGUGGUGAGGGGCAGGGCGGGGCCUCCACCUGUGACAGUUGUGCUCAAGGGUAGACAGCACCACUCCCAGGAGCUUUCCCGUGUCCUUGCCUUGCUGAGAAGUGCCCUCUUGUGUCACUGAGGUUUUAGGUGACUUGGGGCCAAAAGGGAAAAACCACUCGAGCCUUGCGGCAUGUGACGGCAGACACCACAGGGUGGCAUCACCUGGUGGCAUUUCCAGAACCUCCUCAUCCCUGAUUCUAGCACCCACCACCGCCUGACCCUGUGUAACCUGCUGUCCUGGGUCCCCAAGUGCUUUCUGCCCCACUGCUCUGCCGCCUGUCGUGGGAAAGUGGGUUUGUUUGCCCCACUAGGAAAUGUAAGCAGGAGGGCUUGGGGAGCAUGGGUGUGGUGGGCUGCAGAUGCGCCUCUCACGAGCACCCGCGUCGGUGCCCGCACAACUUGCUACUGCCUGUGUAGGACAGGCCCACCAGGUGGCAGAGGACACUCCCAGUCCCCCAAGCGUUGAUGAGAUGGUUUAUUUCCUCGAAUCCGUUCUCCCUUGGGUGUAGUUGGGGGCGGGGAGGAAGGCGUGGGCGCAGGAUCUCCACUCCUGGGGCUCUGUGUCCGAGUCCACGGUGUGCCGCUGUGCUGGGCUGUGGGGCUGCUGCGUGGAAGUGGUGGAACCCCCUGACCGAAGGGGAGCCUUGUCUUGCGUGUUUUGAAAAAGGCUUAACAGAGAAUGUUGUUCAUUCUUAGUAGUAUAGUUUGCAAUUCUUAAUGGCAAAUAAUAAGUUUCAGUAGAAAACAAA